AUGGGACAGUCCCUGAAGAAGUUAGCAGCCGGAAAUGGAGUUGCAAAAGAAGCAGAAAUUGGUAAAAUAGCGGCGAGAACUUAUGAAAAUAUGGCAAAAGAUGUGAAGGGAGGAGAUUGGACCAUAACUGACGUCUAUCGUGCUGUUUGCAAAACAGUGGGAGAUUUAAAUAAGGAGCUAGGCAGUACGCAGUUUUGUGCACCGAAUGCGGUGGCUCUAAGGCAUGCGUUUGAUAAACACCACAAAGGAUCAAGUAAGCUUACACCAGAGGAAUUCAGCAAGAUGGUUAAGGAUCUAGUAUUUGAUACAGGAUUUAAAGGCUCUGGAGCAAAAGACAUCAUUCUUUACAUGUAUGGUGUUCCUAUAACAAUGUUGUUUAUUAAGAACACCAUUAUGCCAACUGCAAUUCCUAAUGAUAUGUUCAUACCGGCUGUUACUUCUGCCACUGUUUAUGCCCUUGCAAAAUUUAACAAGAUUUGA